AUGUCGCGGAAGGGGUUGAUGGAACAAGACCUGAGUAAGUUGGAUGUGGCAAAAUUGCAUCCGCUUUAUCCUGAAGUCAUAUCUCGGCAGGCUACUAUCAAUAUUGGCACCAUAGGUCAUGUGGCACAUGGAAAGUCAACUGUUGUGAAAGCAAUAUCAGGUGUUCAGACCGUGCGUUUUAAAAAUGAGUUGGAACGUAACAUUACAAUCAAGCUUGGUUAUGCGAAUGCAAAAAUAUACAAGUGUGAAGAUGACCGGUGUCCAAGGCCUAUGUCCUACAAGGCUUAUGGAAGUGGAAAGGAAGAUAAUCCUCUCUGUGACGUACCAGGGUUUGAAAAUUCCAAAAUGAAAUUGUUGAGACAUGUUUCUUUUGUUGAUUGCCCAGGACAUGAUAUUCUCAUGGCUACUAUGCUUAAUGGAGCAGCAAUCAUGGACGGUGCUUUGCUACUCAUUGCUGCAAAUGAAAGCUGCCCGCAACCACAAACUUCUGAGCAUUUAGCUGCUGUGGAAAUUAUGCGUCUACAACACAUAAUUAUCCUCCAGAACAAGGUAGAUUUGAUUCAAGAAAAUGUGGCAAUCAACCAGCAUGAAGCAAUUCAGAAGUUUAUUCAAGGAACUGUUGCUGAUAGCGCACCAGUAGUACCUAUUUCAGCACAAUUGAAGUAUAAUAUUGAUGUUGUGUGUGAGUACAUCGUGAAAAAGAUCCCUAUCCCUGAACGGAACUUCAUUUCUCCACCUAAUAUGAUAGUAAUUCGGUCAUUUGAUGUCAAUAAACCCGGUUAUGAGGUUGAUGAAAUAAAAGGAGGUGUAGCUGGUGGAAGCAUUCUGAGGGGUGUUUUAAAGGUCAACCAAUUCAUUGAAGUUCGACCUGGAAUAGUUGUUAAAGACGAGAGUGGAAACAUCCGAUGCACACCUAUCUACUCGAGAAUAGUUUCAUUAUAUGCUGAACAAAAUGAGCUUCAGUUUGCAGUUCCUGGAGGCCUUAUUGGUGUUGGAACAACAAUGGAUCCCACUUUGACUCGUGCUGACAGGUUGGUUGGGCAAGUUCUUGGAGAGGUUGGAUCACUGCCCGAGGUUUUUGUUGAACUUGAGGUAAACUUUUUCUUGCUUCGACGGCUUCUGGGUGUCCGGACAAAGGGUUCGGAGAGACAAGGAAAAGUUGCAAAACUGGCUAAAGGAGAGAUGCUUAUGUUGAACAUAGGAUCAAUGUCAACAGGUGCCAGAGUGGUUGCUGUGAAGAACGACUUGGCAAAAUUGCAACUUACUUCCCCUGUGUGUACCAGCAAGGGUGAGAAGAUUGCUCUAAGUAGACGUGUCGAGAAGCAUUGGCGUCUUAUUGGCUGGGGCCAAAUCCAAGCUGGAAUCACACUUGAAGUCCCUCCUGCACCCAUUCUGAGUUGA